AUGGAAUUAUUAGCAGGAGUUGUUGCAAAUGGAUAUAUUGUUGCCUUAAAUUGUAUCGACUGGGUCAAAAGCAGAAAACUGACUUCCUAUGAUAAGAUAAUAACCAGUCUGGCCUUCUCCAGAUUUUGCCUACAAGUCGUUGUGUCAUCAGACAAUUUCUUAUCUAAGUUAUAUCCAGAUUUCUUUUAUAUGAAUGAAACAUCAAGCCCUUAUACAGUUACCUGGAUGUUCAUAAACCAAGUGAGUCUCUGUUUUGCAAGCUGCCUUUCUGUGUUCUACUGUGUGAAGAUUGCCUCUGUCAACCAAGCCCUCUUCAACUGGUUAAAACUGAGACUCUCCAAACUGGUGCCAUGGCUGCUUUUGGGCUCUGUGCUGUACUGCUUGGUUACCACAGUUGCUUUUACAUUGUUCAGCUAUUCCUAUUGCAUAUCCUCCCACAACUCCACAGAUUGUCUAUCAAGAAAUGUCACGAUUUCAGACAACAACACUUUUCUGAUACACGGCAUAGGAUCUAUUUCCCCCAUUAUUCUAUUUAUUGCUUCAUCUGCUUUGUUAAUCAUAUCCCUUUGGAGACACAUCAGGAAAAUGAACCUUAAUUCAGACCUUAAUCCAAGUUUCAGGAACCCCACUAUGGAUGCCCAUGUGCGUGCACUGAAAUCUGUGGUGUCCUUUUUCAUCCUCUACAAUAUUUAUUAUAUGGCUUUAACAUUGUCAAUUGGAAGCCUAGCCUAUGUCAGUGAUGAAUUGAGAAUUACAGUGUGUACAAUUAUCGUUGCUGCCUAUCCUUCUCUACACUCCAUUGUCUUGAUUCUGGGCAACCCCAAAUUAAAACUGGCCUCAGCAAGGAUUCUGCAUUCUGCCAAUUGCUGA